AUGUACCCUGCAGAUGGUAUGACAUCAGGCAAUCUGACCACAGUCAGGAGCUUGACAUACUCACCAACUCUGACCCAGGAUUUCCUGGGGGUAGGCGGUGGGUGGGCGGUGGGUGGCUUUCCUCAUAGCUGUGCCCUUAGAUGCCUUAUCGGAUGGAUGCCUCUAGCAGUAGCUGAAUUUCUCUUUGGCCUGGUUGGAAAUGGAGUUCCUGUGAGCUGCAAUUUUAGAGACUAGAUGAGAAAAGCCAAGGAGUCCUCAUAUAACCUCCUUGUCCUGGGCCUGGCUGCUUAUCAUGUACUCUCGCAGUGGCUGCUGAUGUUGGAUUCAACCCUGCUUCGUUGGUUUGAGAACAACCAUGAGCAUCACUUUAUCAAUGUCUUGUGAGUCCUGGUGAGCUAGAUCAUUUUUCCUACUUUCCUCAGUGUCUUUUUUUGGAACAAAAUCAUGACCUUCAAAUACCCUGCCUACUAUGGAAGUUGGUUGCCGUUCAUUUUAUGUCUUCUUUCUUCUGGGAUGCCGAUUGCCUCUUUGUAUAGACACAAUAGAAAGAUGAAUGUCUAUGUGGACGGUAGGGAGAGAUUAGGGCAACAGGCUCACAUCACUGCCUGGCCUAUUUUCUUGUCCUUUGCCUAGUUUAGAUGGUGGCUAGACUUCUUCUGUCACUUCCAAGUGUUCUUCUCUGACACAUUCAUGGCUGCCUACCCUUCUCUCCACUUUAUCGUGAUGCUCAUGUCAAUCCCUAGGGUGAACCAGACUUGUCAGACAAUGUUUGCAGAAGACAGUGUGUGUUUAGAGAUCCCAGGGCCAAUGAUCAGGAGCAACGGGGAAAGAGCCUGUGACAUUGCUCAAGCCAUUGCUGUUCCAUGA